AUGGCCCGGCCGUCUGUUCAAGAUUUCGACGAGAUUUCUGGGGCAGAUUCUGGGCUUCAGGGGCGCGAGAUGGCGCGAAGGAUGGUGAACCCUGCCUCCCCUGAGCCCGAGAAGCAUCAGAAGGGGCCUGGGCCAUCUGCCGCUCCUCGGUCAUGGACGGCGACAGUUGGUGAGCACCCGGACCUGUCAGAAUUGUCAGACGACCACUGGAGUCGACACUCUGCCGAGCUCCAGCUGACAGACUGGUUCGCCUGCAAUUGGAAGGUGGUUUUUGUGGUUUGCAACAUCUGGAGGGGGUUUGAUUCCGCGCCCCAAAAGCAGAGUAUCAAGGAAGAGCGUCUUUGUGAGUCCGCGUACGCUGACCGCGGCGCCCACCACAGCCCCACAACCGGCCUCCGUGCGAUCGCCAGCGCCCCCGGGUCGGAUUGCGGUCCUGGCGCAGCCCGCCCUCCGCACGCCGCCAGUGACGAUGCGCAGCCCGGGCAGCCUUUCGUCCCCCGUCGCGCAGAGGGCCUGUGCGCCCUUUCAAGCGGGAGCUCUCCCGCGAGGUUUGGAGUUCAGCCCGCUGCCAGGGUGAGCGUGCUGGCGAGGAGCGCAUUCCAAGGAUUUCCAGCCCACGAGUGCGGGUCGGACAAGGUCUUCUACUCUUCGGCACCAAAGAGCAGGGCGCUGAUAGCGACACAACUGAUGAUCGGGGGCGUGGAGAGCAACCCGGGGUGGCCCACACACGAUUCCGGCACCCCGAGCAGCUCACGCGGGCGGCCCCUGAUUCAGCUUCCGACCUUGGAGGAGGUUCAGGAGAGUGCCCGGCCAAAACCUCCUGACACUGAGCACUUCUUUCAAGAGUGGAAGAAGAACCGCGAUUCUAGGGGAGAGGAAUCAACCCGCUCGCCAGCCCAACCCCAAGAGCUGGAGCAGGCGCUUGUGUUAGGCGGCAGCGGCGAGCGGGACAGCGAGCAGGUCAGUGUCGAGUGCCAUGAGCAGCUUUCGAGUUAA